AUGAUUGUUGAUAUACACUUAUGUCAGGAUGACAUUUUGCAAGUGCCUAUGGGCGAGGAGAGGGAGCUCCGACUGAACGAGGCGAGCUUCGAACGAGCGGCCACACUACUCCGGCGGGUUCCGGAAUUCACUAUAGCCGCCGCUCUGCGACAGGAGGAGGCCAAUUCCGGGACGAUCGUCGCCUUUUCACAUGGGAACAAUAGAUAUUUGGAGCUGCAGAGCAGCGGUCGUAAAGACGAGCUUCGACUUCACUACGUAUCACGCCGAGACGGUACUGUCCACGUGGAGGCGUUUCCUUUCCGUUUGGCCGACGGCGCCUGGCAUAGGGUCGCCCUGAGCGUAAGCGGCUCGCAGGUCGAGCUGCUCGUCGACUGUCAUCCCUUGUACAGGCGGCUGCUCAGGCCUGGACCACCGGACACCAAUUUCACCCUGCCGCAGCUUCAGCUAUGGGUGGGACAAAGAAACGCCAGGCACUUUCUGUUCAAGGGUGCUUUGCAAGACGUGAAGCUGAUCCCCGGUCCCCACGGCUAUCUCUCGCAGUGUCCGCAGCUCGACUCGUCCUGUCCCACUUGCGGUCAAUUUUCUAUAUUACAAAACACAGUGGAGCAGCUGAUGCAUAACCUGAACGAGCUGACGCGUAGGCUAGCAGCUGCAGAGGGCAGAAUAAGCAAAGUGGAGGAGUGCGAGUGCCAAAAGUCGUGCAGGGCGAACGGGACCGUCCAUGAAGACGGCGCGACCUGGGAGAAGGGCUGCCAGCAGUGUUCUUGCGUCCACGGUGAGAUCGCCUGCAGGCCGACGCCCUGCGCCCCUGUCACCUGCAAGCAUCCCGUCAUUCCUCAGGGACAAUGCUGUCCCAUUUGCUUGAAGCAAUGCUACUUGCGCGGCGUGAUCUAUGAUCACGGCGAGAAAGUCUCGCCGAAACAUUGCGUCGAGUGCGACUGUUUCGACGGGAGUUUCACCUGCCAGAGGUUCGACACGGAAACCAGAUGUCCACCACUGCCUUGCCCGCCGAGCGAACAAAUAAGCGUGGCGGAGGAAUGUUGCAAAUUUUGUCCAGGGGUGGACUACUGCGCGAAGGGCCACAAGUGUCACGCGAACGCGUCCUGCCUGAAUCUUCAGACCACCUACGCCUGCCACUGCGAUAUCGGUUUCCAAGGGGAUGGUCAUAACUGUCACGACGUGGACGAGUGCAAACAGCAAGGUGGCUCCGAGGGCCACCACUGCAACGCCAACACGAAGUGUGUGAACGUGAUCGGCUCAUAUACGUGCGAGUGUCUUCCGGGUUACCACAGAGUCGACAAAUUCAACUGCGCCGAGCUCGACGAGUGCGCGACCGGCCAUCACGCUUGCGACGAACACGCCACGUGUGUCAACACCGCGGGCAGCUAUUAUUGUGUUUGCAAGGAGGGAUACACUGGCGACGGAUAUACCUGCAAACCUGUUUGCAAUCAGACCUGCCAGAAUGGCGGCGAGUGCGUGGCACCUGGAAGGUGUUCCUGUCGUCGCGGUUACAUCGGUAACAGUUGCGAGCUCGACUUGGACGAGUGUGCCAGCGACCUCCACAGGUGUCACCAAUCCUCAACCUGUUUCAACAUGCCUGGCUGGUACUACUGUCGCUGCAAGCCCGGCUACAGAAGCGCCCUUCACGACAGCACCCAGGGCACUCAAUGCCUAGACAUCGACGAGUGCAACGAUCAAACGAUCGAGAGGAGGCACACCUGCCAUCCUAGCGCGAAGUGCGUCAACACCGAAGGAGGGUACGAGUGUAUCUGUCCGCCUCAGGAGGACAAUCACACUUCGGAGGAAUGUAGGCUCAGCUGUUGGUUCGAAGGCAGAGAAGUGGAGAACGGCGAGACCCUAGCGCCAGCUGGGAACCCUUGCAGAAGGUGCAUGUGCAAAGAUGGCGUGAUCACCUGCAGAGAUCCUAUCUGCGACUGCAGUGCCCCGGGGAGCCGCAGGGACAAGUGCUGUCCGCAGUGCGAUCCUGCAGCUUCCUGCAGGCAUCAGGAGCUUCAUCAUUUGGUCUUCAGAAGCGGUGAACGAUGGAUAUACCAAUGCCAGACCUGCGAAUGCCUGUACGGCGAAAUAGACUGUUGGCAAAUGGAAUGUCCACCAGUGACCUGUUCUAACCCCGUCACCGAGGACGGUGACUGUUGUCCGCGUUGCGAGGACGAUCCUUGCGCGAGAGAACCGCCCGGGAAUGGCACCACCCUGUCAAUCCUGACACGACCUAGGCCCUGCAGCUACUCCGGGAUCAUACACGACAGUGGCAGCUCCUGGCAGGACCCCCAUGACAAAUGCACCACGUGCGAGUGCAAGGUGCCGUACUGCGCCCAAUUGGACGGGCAGCUAUGCUGCAGCUACGAUUACGGCUGCGCUGGCGAUCUGGGCGACAACGAGCAGCAACGUCCUCCAGUCGUUGUUCCUGAGCCUGUCGUACGCGGUCUACCGGGCCCUGCGGGGCUACCGUUGGCAGACGGUGCACCGGAAGCAGCUGUACCAGCGGUUACCGCUCCUACCGGCGGCGGCGCGACGCUCGCCGGCGCCUACCUUCUGUCGCCCUCGUCUUCUUCCUCGUCCGCCGUCACCGGCGGCGGUCCCAGUCCGGCCAGAAAAGUCCACUGGACACUGCAAACCGCGGUCCAGCCGAAGCCCCAGCAGCUGCAGCAGAGAGACGACCGACGCGCCCGGGCGCAGCAACAGCAGCAACCGGUCGCCACGGCCACAGCCAGGUACCAGGUGGUCGCCGGAGCCGCGUCGACGUCGCCGACGCAGCCCCAGCGCGCGACCACCGCGGCGUCGUCGCCGGCGUCGGCGUCGACGACAACCAAGCUGCCUGUCAAGCAUCAAGAAGCCAAGCCCGAGCUGCCGUCGCGCCGGCAGCGCGGCAAGCCAGCUGGCAGCCUCGCGGCAGCUCACCGGAACAACGUCUCCUCGUCUUCUUCUUCUCCUUCGUCCCCGUCCUCCUCGCCCCCGCUCGCGAUGCUGCCUCCGACGGAGCUGGACUCGGAGGACGAGGGAUCGUCGAGCACGGCCGCCGACGGCAUCGUGCGCAACGAGUACCGUCAGCCGGCGGCCGGCCGGCGACGCAGGAGCGGCGACAGCGCCGAGCCAGUGGCGCGGGACAGCGCCACUUGAGCCCCGCGUAGCCGCGGACAGCUAGAAGAGACAGCAAUCAGCAUUGGCAAGGCAUUCCAGGGGGUGUAGAUGCUACACGGGGUAUAGCCGGAUGAUACGUUAGCGAGCGGAGACGCGUUCUCCAGAUUGGCCAGCCUCGCCCGGUCCGAUCCGGGCGGCCGCGCGUUGAGGGCGAAGGGGACUAGAGGAGCGAAGCCAGCCGGCCAGGGGAAGGCACGUCCAACGGCGAGGCUCCUGUCGGAGAAAGGUUCCAGGCUGGAAGAGGACACUCCUUUCUGUCGGCUCGUCGCGUGGUCCUCGACACAGCUCCAACUUCCAUGGUUUAGCGCCGCGUUCACAGGAGGGACACUUUCACCGGGGGUCUAUCGCCCGCGCCGGCCGGGCUGACAGUGGUGACACGACGCGGUGGUGGUGCUGGGGUGAACGGUCCUCGGAGGACGAUCGGUGUGAGCCGGGCCUCAACUUCUAGUCCGUUUUAGAGUCGCUGUUUCGGAUAUGGGGACGGUGUUCGGCGAAAGAGAGCGUCGCGACCGUUCAGAUUCGAGGAGGAUCGGCCAGUCCCCUAUCGGGACGCUCGGCGCGGUGGGCUGCGGUGAUCGGCGAUCGUUCUCGAUCACCGUUAGCGGAGUAUCUGGUGCCAAAAACGAGCCCGCCAAGCCGCCGCCGACAUGUUCCUCUUCCGUCUGAGUGAACCAGAGGCGGAUAGGAUAUCGAACAGCGCGCACGGACUUUCUUUCCUUCUUUUCUCUUCCUCGUUUCUCUGUUUCGCUGUUCUCUUGAUUGGGGAAAGCCCUGCGCGUCGUCGGCACCGAUCGAGAUCGAGGUCCUUCGCGCGGCUGACGCGUGUCGGAUCGAGUUCUCGCGUAACAGUCACGACCUCGGGCGGAAACAGGCAGCCGGACGGCCGCGGAGAAUCGAGAAACUGAGCCCGACAGAGGCGCGUCCUCUUUCGCGAACUGAGCGAAAGGAGCGCGCUUCGCCGCGAAUUCUUCGCCCCCCCUCCCUCGCCGCCCCGGACUCCUUGUUUCGGCGUGUUUCAUUGAACAGGUAGCGCACAAUAUUUGGGCCUUAUAAAGUAUAUAAAAUUGUUCGAUGUUCCGCUACGGUGAAGCCUCGUUCUAAAUCCGUACUACCGAACGGUUCGGCGAGAGGCGCAACGAUGACAGCGGUGUAUAAUUAUCGUAAGGAAUUGAAUAUCCCAACGAGAAGAACAGAGGUUAUUUAACAUAGGAGAGUUCCGUAAUAUACUAUAAUAUAUACGAAUAUAUAUAUAUAUAUGAACCAAAAUGUAUAUUAUUUAUAUAUAUAUGUAUGUAUAUGUACAUAAUGUACAUGUAAUGUAUGUAUAUAUAUACAUAAUGUACAUUCGAAAAAGUGGGUGAUCCGGAAAACGGAGAAAAAAACCCCCUCUAUCGAUGUUGAGUAUUGCGAAUCGAACGGCGGCGACGACUAACGACUUAAUGAGAAAGGAAAAAUUAUUGUAAUUAUCGAUGAUCAUAUCUCGUGACAAUAUAGAAUUGAGACGCUCCCGGUAAUCUCUAUCGGAAAAGGCUAUACACAAUCAAUUAUAGCUCGUGUUUUUUCCUGGCGAAAUAUAGUCUACGCUUGAAAGUAAAGUUAAGGAUCAUUUAGGGUACUGAUCGGAUUGCGUCGUGAGAAAUCCAUGGUUCCGUAGGUGAACGAGCACAGGCGAUCGUAUUGGUUCAGUUUCUCUGGUUCCGGACGCCGCUGGCCUGGUCUAUGCCUGAUCCAGGGUGUCGAGUUGAUCAUCGAACGCGCAAAAACCUGUGCCACCGCGGCUUACAAGGCCUUGGCCCUUGGACACUUUGCAUGACGAGCAUCGGACGUGUCUGAUGAACCGUUAUAUAUCUACGCCUCGAGAAUCACGCUCGUUUCGUUGGAAAUCCAUUCGAACGGUCGACGGUUGAAAUAGGAUCGGCACGCGCCAUUUUGAAUUUAGCCAAGAUCGAAGUCGGGACUAGGUUAAAUUUCACCGCGCGCGGACGAUUGUCGCGCGUGUAACCACGAAUUAUUUUGUUAACGACGACGUACGACACGAUUAUUUAUAGAGUAUAAUUAUCGCUAAGAGAGUCAAGUGUUCGGUUAAAGCAAUAGGAGUUUAUUCGCUCAAGAUUGAGGUUAGGUUCACGGAGGACGUCGAUUCGAAGCGAAUAAGUAAUACAACGAUAACGAAUGAUUUUUUGUAGAUAGGCAUCGACGAUCGAAUUGAAUCCGUGACGGGACGAUCGAAAUGGAAUGGAUGGAAACGAAGUGUUCAGAUCGCAGACACGUCUGACCGUUCACCAUGCCGAUUAGGUCUCCUGUUCAAUUAUUAGUUGUACACCGGACGAUGAACGUGCCGGCUCGCUCGAACGAUUCUUUAUCUCGCUCAACCAAACGCGACCACUACGACUACAUUCCUCCUUGAUUAACAAUAAGUAGGCACUAAUGAGAGAAACAUAUAAAUAUAUAAAUAUAUAUAUAUAUAAUUAUAUAUAUAUAUGUAUUUAUAAAUGGCAGAAGGAGGAGAAGAAAGAAAUCACUAAAUAAUUAUAAUAAAUGGAUGAACUAAAUAAAUGAGUAAAA